AUGACUAUUUUAGUUCUUUUAUCUUUCUUUCAUCUUUCUUUGGUUUCUUCUCAUAGAAGUGUAAAUGGCUUCACUCUUGAUCUUAUCCACCGUGAUUCUCCUCUUUCACCUUUUCACAACCCAUCGAACACUCCAUAUGAACGCCUUCAAAAUGCCUUCGACCGGUCAUUCUCCCGGGCUUCCUUCUUGAAGGAAAAAUGUGAUAAUUCAAUCCAAUCAACUGUUAUUCCUAGGGGGGGUGAAUACAUCAUCAAAAUCUCAAUUGGAACUCCCCCAAUAGACACUCAUCUCAUAGUUGACACUGGUAGUGACUUGUCGUGGACACAAUGUGAGCCUUGUAUUAAGUGCUUCAAACAAUUGACACCUAUUUUCAAUCCCAAGAAAAGCUCUUCUUAUAAAACUCUUGGUUGUAACAACAAAUUUUGUCAAGAUGGAGAGUUUUUCCAGACAUGUACGAAUAAUACAUGUAAUUAUAAUGUGACUUAUGGUGAUCUAUCUCAUACAACGGGUUAUCUUUCUACUGAAACUUUCAAAUUUGCUUCCACUUCUGGUGAACAUGUCUCAAUUCCUAACAUUGCCUUUGGCUGUGGACAUGACAAUGGUGGAUUGUUCACUAAUGCCAGUUCUGGCGUCAUUGGCUUAGGUUGUGGCAAUGCGAUCUCAGUUGUCAAUCAAAUGAAUCAAGAAAUCAAAGGGAAAUUCUCUUAUUGUAUGAUCCCAGUGGAAUCAUUGUCAAUUAAUUCCAAUGCAACUAGUCACAUCAGCUUUGGUGACAAUGCAGUUGUGUCUGGUCCUGGUGUUGUCUCAACUCCCUUGUUUAAACAGAAAUUGUCUAUGUAUACAUUCUACUAUCUAAAUUUGAAAGGUGUCAGUAUUGGGAACAAGACAUUGGAAUUUAAAUCUUCUAAGAUUUCUCCUACUGUUGGUGAUGGUGGUAAUGAUCAAGGUAACAUCAUAAUAGAUUCUGGCACACUGUUAACAUUUCUGCCUCAAGAUUUUUACGAGAGUUUUGAAUCAAGGCUGAAGUCUUUGAUCAGUGCUCCUAAGAAGGUUGAUCCUUCGGGGACCGAUCGUCUGUGUUACGAGUCUGAUGAGAAUGGUACUAUCGACCUUCCAAAGAUUGUCGCUCAUUUUACAGAUGCGGAUAUAGAGUUGUUGCCUUCGAACACGUUUCCACAAGUGAAGGAAGGUUUAGUUUGUUUGGCUAUACUGCCAUCAUAUGAUUUCUUUGGACAACCUGCUGUUUUUGGAAACUUGGCACAGGCCAAUUUCCUAAUUGGAUAUGAUCUUGUGGCCAACAAAGUCUCCUUUAAGCCUACAGAUUGCACUUAUAGGCACUAA